AUGGCUGCUAAUGAACUUGGCCAAAUUCUUCAUGCAAUGAAUUUUAAGACAAAACUUUUUUUCACCUGCACGCUCUCUUUCUGUUUUUUCUUUCUUACGUUCUACCCCCUCUCUUUUUUCUUUCGUUCUACCACCCUCUCUUUUUUCUUUCGUUCUACCCCCUCUCUUUUUUCUUUGUUCAUAUUCAAUUUCUUUCCGACAGAUUGUGUCUUUUGCUCUCUCGUAGUUUUUUUUUUUUCUAUCCAAAACUCUGUUUCCCUUUCAGCGUCCAUCACUCUUUCUUUCUUUCUAUUUUUCUUUCUUUAUUUCUUGAUUGCUUUCUUUCUUUCUUUCAAUUGUUUUUCACUUUUCUUCUCUUGCGUCUCUCUUUCUUUUUUCAAUCGUUUCCUCUGUCACAAUAGGUUUUCCACUUCUUUCUAUCUAUCUAUCUAUCUAUCUAUCUAUCUAUCUCUCUAUCUAUCUAUCUAA